CUUGCUCUUUCACAUAGAGCUGAAUGAACUCUCCCUCAAAUCUCCUGAAGUAUUUAUGCCAGUAUGCACAGAAAGACAGCUGAAAGACCAGUCAGCAUUUCUGGAGGGACAACAUCUAGACUUGAAGGUGCUACCAUGAAUGGACCAAAAGUGCUAGCAUGUGCCCUGGUCUUAGCCAGUCUGCUGGUAGCCUCUGUCCAAGGUGGGAACAUUCUGGUCUUCCCUGUGGAUGGCAGCCAUUGGGUCAACAUGAAAGUCUUGAUCCAGGCACUUCAUGCUAGAGGUCACAAUAUUACAGUCAUACGGGCGGCUGGUAGUUGGUACAUUGAAGAAACUUCCCAUCUUUACACUUCUAUCACUAUACAAAGCACAGGGAUGUUUGAUGAGGUGUACAUGAAGACCUAUAUAAACAGGCUCUUGGAGAUCUUGAGACAGGGUUCCACCUUUGCUCGUCUAAAACUGGAGAAGGAGAUGUGGGACAAAGCAGUGGAGAUGUUUGAGAUGGAGAAGGAAAUGAUGAUAAGUAUAAUUGAAGACCAGCAGUUAGUGAAAUCUUUAAAAGAUGCCAAAUAUGAUUUGUAUCUUACCGACCCUGUGUUGAUUAGUGGCAUCCUUCUAGGUCAUUAUCUGAAACUGCCUCUCGUCUUCAACGUUCGGUGGACGGUCCAUGGUGAGGGCCACUUUGCAAUAGCUCCUUCACCGAUUUCUUACAUCCCUAUACCAAUAUUAGAGUUAUCCGACCACAUGAGCUUUUUCCAGAGAGUUUAUAAUGUAAUCAUGUACUAUGUUACGGAAUUACAGGUCAGCUAUUUUCUCGCUCCAAAUUACAAUGCACUGUGUCAUCGAGUUUGUGGUCCAGAAGUAAACUACUUUGAAAUCGUCCAAGGAGCAGAUUUAUGGCUCUUCAGAGGCGACUUUGUCUUUGAAUUUCCACGACCUACCAUGCCAAACAUUGUCUAUAUGGGUGGGUUCCAGUGCAAGCCGUCAAAGCCUCUUCCACAAGAUCUUGAGGACUUUGUUCAGAGCUCUGGUGAGCACGGUAUCAUCGUCAUGUCUCUGGGCACCUUCAUUGACCAUCUUCCCCACGAUGUAGCCAAUGCAGUCGCUGAAGCUUUCGCAGAACUUCCACAGAAGGUUAUUUGGCGAUACCAAGGAGAAAGACCAUCUACCUUGGGCAACAAUACCUUACUGUUGGACUGGAUACCUCAGAAUGAUCUCCUCGGUCACCCCAAGACCAGGGCUUUUGUGGCACACGGUGGAACUAAUGGAGUCCAAGAGGCUAUCUAUCACGGUGUUCCCCUCGUUGGGUUUGGCCUCAUCUGGGACCAGCCUGACAAUCUUUCAAAAAUGAGGGCGAGGGGAGCAGCUAAGACUGUUGAUUUUGCAACCAUGGACAAAAACUCCUUCCUACAAACUUUAAAAGAAGUUCUUUAUGAUCCUUCCUACCGAGGAAACAUGCAGAGACUCUCCAGACUCCAUAGAGAUACACCAAUAAAGCCACUGGACAAUGCUGUCUUCUGGACUGAGUUUGUUAUGAGGCAUGGUGGUGCGCCUCAUCUACGAACAGAAUCCUACAAAAUGCCCUGGUAUGCUUACCACUCUGUGGAUGUCAUGCUGUUCCUGCUGGCUGUUCUUUUGUUAAUUGUUUUCAUGACAUAUGCAGUUAUCAGAUAUUUCUGUUGUAGGCUGUGUAUGAGGAGAAAAACAACCAAACGAGAAUGAUUGUUGAACGAUCUAAUGAACGCAACUCCUUCACUGGCAUUUGUUUUCUACUUUUUGUCUUACCAUCUGUCUUGCUUAGUUUUUGUUUACUAACACAAUCUAGAGCAAUCUAGAUCACUCCACUAUACAUAAUAUGAUGUGAUAAUGAAUAAACAUCUGGAAAAAGCCAUUUUUUACCCAUGGUGCUACUUGGUACUGAGCAUAGUGGACAACACAAAAUGUGUGGAGCAUUCUUUUAAGUUCUGUUAUAGUUUGAGAAAAACUUGAGAUUCAUUGACUGAUCUAUGAUUAUAUACAUUCAUUGAAUGAACGCACUGAUGAAUGAUAAGACGUUGAUUAGUUGACAAAUUCAUGUAUGAUUAAACACACUGAUGUAUGCAUUUGUAUGCAUGUAUUACAUGCAUUGCUUGAUGUAUUGUUAGACGCAUUGAUUGAUGUAUGGUUAGAUAUAUUGAUUUAGGAUUAGUAACACUGAUUUAUGAUUAGAUAUACUGAUGUAUGAUUUGACGCUUAUAAACUUGCAUUGUUUUUAAACUGAAAUUCGAGUGUGCUAGGAGCAUUUAACAAAAUGUUAAGGUUAAUCCUUUCAAAGAAUGCAAUAAAGAAGUCUGAGAGGUUUGAAUAUGGUUAUGGUAACACACCAAGUCAUA